AUGGCAAUGAAUAUAACACAUCAGAUCGGAGCUCUAUCGGGAACACCAAUCCAAGCAGAAUCACUAACCAGCACAAGCACCGUCAGUGAAUCCACCGCACCAGUCAGCGCAGCGGCGGUGUGGAAAACUCCAACACCAAACAUCCGGUGCAAAAUCAUAAAACCAGACACCAUGGAGCAAAACUCACAACCAUCAAGCCCUUGCAGGUCUCCAAUACUAAGCGCAAGCAACGGCAUCCGUCCAGAUCUAUCAGUGGCAUGCCGAGCAUUCGCGACAGAGACAAUGGAUUUUGUGACAUUGGAUGAGACAGCGAGACAAGAGAAGAUGUAUAAAGAGGGGAGGACAUUGAAGGAGAAGGGAGUGCCAGUUUAUGUGAUGAUGCCGUUGGAUAGUGUGACGAUGGGGAACACAGUGAAUAGAAAGAAAGCGAUGAAUGCUAGUUUGCAGGCGUUGAAGAGUGCAGGUGUUGAGGGGGUGAUGAUGGAUGUUUGGUGGGGAUUGGUGGAGAGAGAUACGCCUGGUGCGUAUAAUUGGGGAGGGUAUGCCGAACUUUUAGAAAUGGCUAAACGACACGGUCUGAAGGUUCAAGCUGUUAUGUCGUUUCAUCAGUGUGGUGGCAACGUUGGGGACUCGUGCACGAUUCCAUUACCUAAGUGGGCUGUGGAAGAGAUUCAUAAAGAUCAAGAUCUUGCAUACACUGAUCAGUGGGGAAGGAGGAAUUAUGAGUAUAUAUCACUUGGGUGCGAUAACCUUCCGGUUCUCAAGGGGAGGACGCCUGUGCAAUGUUACUCUGAUUUUAUGCGGGCCUUUAGAGACAACUUCAAACACCUUCUUGGUGACACCAUUGUGGAAAUCCAAGUGGGAAUGGGUCCAGCAGGUGAGCUCCGCUAUCCCUCCUACCCUGAGCAGAAUGGAACUUGGAGAUUUCCAGGAAUUGGAGCCUUCCAAUGUUAUGAUAAGUAUAUGUUGAGCAGCUUGAAAGCAGCAGCUGAAGCUGCUGGUAAGCCAGAAUGGGGUAGCACAGGCCCGACUGAUGCCGGCGAGUACAACAACUGGCCGGAAGACACCCAGUUUUUCAGAAAAGAAAACGGUGGCUGGACUAGUCCCUAUGGUGAAUUCUUCCUCACUUGGUAUUCUCAGAUGCUCUUAGACCAUGGUGAGAGAAUAUUAUCAUCAGCGAAGGCAAUCUACGAGAACACUGGUGUAAAAAUCUCGGUAAAGAUUGCAGGAAUUCAUUGGCACUAUGGAAGCCGGUCUCAUGCCCCAGAGCUCACAGCAGGAUAUUACAACACAAGAUUAAGAGAUGGUUACCUUCCUAUUGCUCAAAUGUUAGCUCGGCAUGGCGCUAUAUUCAAUUUCACUUGCAUAGAGAUGCGUGACCAUGAACAGCCACAGGAUGCCCUUUGUGCCCCUGAGAAGCUUGUGAGGCAAGUGGCUUUAGCAGCUCGGAAAGCAGGGGUUCCUCUUGCCGGGGAAAAUGCACUGCCAAGAUAUGAUGAGUACGCACAUGAGCAAAUUUUGCAGGCAUCAUCAUUAAAUAUUGGUGAGAAUUCAGACGAUAGGGGGAUGUGUGCUUUUACGUACUUGAGAAUGAACCCGCACUUAUUCCAACCGGAUAACUGGAGACGCUUUGUGGCAUUUGUGAAGAAGAUGAAGGAAGGGAAGAGUGCUGACCGGUGUUGGGAGCAGGUUGAGAGGGAAGCUGAGCAUUUUGUGCAUUUAAGUCAACCUUUAGUACAGGAAGCUGCUGUGGCUCUUAUGCACUAG